GGUGGGCGGAGUCAGGCGGGACAGCUGGUCGCUUCCGGAUGUCCUCCCGCUGGCUCUCAGCAUUGCCUCUGAGCUGCAAGGGCUGCGGGAGGUGAGAGGCGCUGAGCCCCGUGUGCGUCGCGGUGCGGGUCCUGAGGAGCCAGGUCGGGGACUGGCUCCAGAGCGGUGUCCGCUGGCCGCGGUGACCGGCGUGCCUCUGUCUCACUGCCCCGCAGUGUCAGUUUUGUCCCGAGAGAAGAUGGGAAAGGGCUGCAAGGUUGUCGUUUGUGGGUUGUUGUCUGUUGGGAAAACUGCGAUUCUGGAGCAACUCCUUUAUGGAAAUCAUACUAUUGGGACGGAAGACUGUGAGACAAUGGAAGACGUGUACAUGGCCUCAGUGGAGACAGACCGUGGGGUGAAGGAGCAGCUCCACUUAUAUGACACCCGAGGCCUGCAGGAAGGCGUGGAGCUGCCAAAGCAUUAUUUCUCUUUUGCUGAUGGCUUUGUUCUUGUGUACAGUGUGAAUAACCUUGAGUCCUUUCAAAGAGUGGAGCUUCUGAAGAAAGAAAUUGAUAAGUUCAAAGACAAAAAAGAGAUCCAAGUUAGGAUGAGAGAAAGGAGAAAAUAACAUGACAAGAGUGAGCUUUGCAAAGAACAAGCUGGGGGUGAAAACACUGAACACCAAUGACACUGGGAUUUUAAAAUACAGGCCUGACCAAACUGGGAUGACCACAUGCAGCACGAGCUCAGACACGGACCUGAACACUGACCCUGUGACCCCAGCAGGUCCGAAGCCAGUUCAAGCUCUUGUCAGACUCAACAGCAUUCUGGAACUAAAGGAACCUCGGGAAACCCAAGACUAGCUCACAGGCUUGGACCCUUGGAGACAGUUAGGUCAAGAACGGGGAAGUCAUUCUGGAGGAGCUUAGUGCCCUUCCUUCUAAGACAGACCUCGCCAGCAGAAUACUAGCUUUUUACCUGCCACAUGAGGGCAGUGCAACAAGACAGCUGUCUGGAAACUAAGAAAUAAUUUCUUACCACAUUAAGAUUGCCAGUACUUAGGUCUUGGAUUUCCUUUAAAGUUCAAUCAACACUAUUCCAAAUUACCUUCUAAAAAUAUUCAUUGUCAGGCUGGCAAGAUGGUUCAGCAGGUAAAGCUGCUUGCUGCAGAGCCUGAAGACCUGAGUUCAAUCCACAGAAC